AUGGCAACACUCCAGGAAAUUCCAGUGCGCGAUAAUAAUUCAGUAGAAGAAGGUCUUGAGCUGAAUUCAUACUGUUCUAGUGCUACCAGAUGGAAUUGGCUGAAAUUUGUUACAGGAAGUCAUAAUGUCGAAACGGUUUUGCACUCAAUCUUUGAGUGUAAGUAUGCGAGAGAGAUUUGGAGAUAUAGCGAGUUUGGGGACCUACUUCAUGAAUGUGCUGAGACAUGUAUUGCUGAUAUGUUGUGUUGGUUUGCAAAGAAGGUGAGCAAGGAGCAAUUGAGAGUCUUCACAUCUCUAUGUUGGGCAGCGUGGCAUUGCCGAAACAAGCACAUUUUUGAAGGGCCAGGAGGAAUAAGAGCGGUUGAGAUGGCUAGGGGUUUCGUGCUAUUCUCAUCUGAUUAUGGGCUAUACAAUUCGAAGCUAAACGGUGGAGGACCGAGAACAUAUGCUUCAGCCAGUUUGUGGUCUCUACCCCCUGCUGGAGUAGUGAAAUUGAAUGUUGAUGCUCAUAUCAGGGAGGGGAUUGGGGUCCAGUUUGGUGUUUUGAUUCGAGACAACCAUGGGGGGUUGUUAGCUGCUGCAGUGAAGCAUUGUGAGGCACGGUGGUCACCGGAUAUGGCGGAGGCUGGUGCUAUGAGAUACGGGGUUGAGCUGGCAAGAAGGCUGGGGUUCGAGAAGGUGGUUCUGGAAAGUGAUGCACUUACAACAGUUCGAGCAAUCCAGACGAGGCAAGUAGGGGCUGCACCUAUUUUUCUUCUAUUUGAUGAUGUUCUGAAGAUGAGCAAUGAUUUUUCUUUUUUCUCUUGCAAUCACGUUAAACGAACAGGGAAUACGGUAGCCCACUUUGUUGCUAGAUGGGAUACUAGUACUUCCCCGGAACGGUGCUAUACUGCACUAAAGGUUGGCCGUGAAAAACAACACAAGAGUCGGCUAAAUGGGUAUGAUAUAGCACCAGAAAAGUACUUCAGGCAACAAGAAGGCUUUGGAGUGUUCCGUGCAGCUGGGAAUUACAUAUUGGAGCAGGGUAAAAGUGCGCAGGGGAGUCACACAUGGAAGUGUGAAUGUGCAGAGAAACUUGAUCUACGAGUUUCAUGUGUUAGUUUUCUACGUAUAUAA